CGGUCUCUCCUCCCUCUGCUGCAGCGGCCAUGCUGCUGUCCGCCGUCUGUCUCGGUGCAUCCCGCCGGUGUAACCUGUCGCCGUUGCAUCACUGAAUCCCGGGUUAGCGGAUCGACCUGGACCGGGUGGGCUCGGUCGUAGCGGUUCAGUCCGCCUGGAGCAGCAGGAUCCGUCGGACAGACAGGAAUACGGCACCGGGGAAAGAGGAGAAAGCCUCCAUAGCAACAAACCGGUUUCACGGCAUUAUUGUGAUGGAUGGAUGUUGAGGAUGCUGGAAGACAACGUUUGACUAGGACAGAAACCCCCAAACGAACCAGAUUACCAAGACCCCAAACCAUCGUGCCAGGUUUAAAACAGGACUGCUGGGACUCAAUGGGCUUGAACCAGAUGAAUCUUUUGUAGCAGGGACUCUGUCUGUUGACCGCUACUGGACCAGGAAUCACCAUGUCUUUGAGUAAGACCCUCGAACUGGAGCACUUCGACGAACGCGACAAGGUUCGCCGGGGACGCUCCACCCGCACCAAGAGAGAUGAGUCCAACAGCAGCGCUGGCGGUGGGGGGUCCGGCCCCAGCUCCCGGGGCAGCAGCCUGGUCCCUAGCCCUGCCCACAGCGCCAACUGCAGCUAUUACCGGACUCGAACCCUGCAGGCGCUCACCUCGGAGAAACGGGCCAAAAAGGUCAGAUUCUAUCGCAAUGGAGACCGGUACUUCAAGGGUCUGGUGUACGCUGUUUCCAGUGACCGGUUCCGUUCCUAUGAUGCACUGCUCAUGGAGCUGACACGCUCCUUGUCGGAUAACUUGCAUCUGCCCCAAGGAGUGCGAACGAUCUACACUAUAGAUGGCAGCAAGAAGAUCACCAGUAUGGACGAGCUGAUGGAAGGUGAGUGCUACGUUUGUGCCUCCAAUGAGCCUUACCGAAAGGUCGACUACACCAAGAUCGCCGUGCCAAGCUGGAAGCCAGGUGCCAGCAGCGGGACAGGCCCUGCAGGCUCGAGCCGGCCCUCCACGGCGUCCACGGGGGUGUCGGCGAGCACCCCUGUCGUCCCAAAAGAUCGUCCUGAGGUUCGGGAGGGCAGGGAGAGCAAAGACUUUAUCAAGCCCAAGCUGGUGACGGUGAUCCGCAGCGGCGUGAAGCCUCGCAAGGCGGUGAGGAUCCUGCUGAACAAGAAGACUGCUCACUCCUUCGAACAAGUGCUGGCCGACAUCACAGAAGCCAUCAAGCUGGACUCCGGGGCCGUGAAGAGGCUGUACACGCUGGAUGGGAAACAGCUGACCUGUCUGCAGGAUUUCUUUGGGGAUGACGAUGUGUUCAUGGCGUGUGGACCGGAGAAGUUUCGCUACGCUCAGGACGACUUUGUGCUCACACACACCAGCAAAACACCAGCUUUUGUUAACGAGUGCAGAGCCAAGGUACCUCGCUCUACCAUUCCUCCUAAAAGUACAACUCCCAAGACCCCUAGCAGCUCCAGCUUCUCCUCCUCGAAGACGCCACCCAAAGGCACACCCAGAACAAAGUCUCCUGGACCAGCCAAUGAGCCCGCAGGAUCGCAGUCAGGCGGGAAGUCGUCCAGGUCCAGCCCCUCCCCCACCAGCCCCGGAACACGACGCAGCCUCAAGAUCUCUCCGCGGCAUGCCUCCUCCACAGAUGUGAACGGGGAGGCCGAGCAGCCAGAGGACACCACCGUCGAAGUGAACGGUAAUCGGUCCGUUUCUUCCUCCAUCAUCAACGAGAAGUACAAAGUCGGGAAAGUGAUCGGAGACGGAAACUUUGCCGUGGUGAAAGAGUGCGUGGAGCGCUCGACGGGACAGGAGUACGCUCUGAAGAUCAUCGACAAAGCUCGCUGCUGUGGGAAGGAGCAUCUGAUAGAAAAUGAAGUGGCGGUGCUGCGAAGGGUUCGACAUCCCAGCAUCAUCCAGUUAAUCGAGGUGGAUGAAACGCCCAGUCAGCUGUUCCUGGUCAUGGAGCUCGUCAAGGGUGGUGACCUGUUUGAUGCCAUCACCUCCUCCACAAAGUACAGCGAGCGUGAUGCCAGCGCCAUGGUGUUCAACCUGGCCGGAGCCGUCAAGUACCUGCACCGAAUGAACAUCGUCCACCGAGACAUCAAACCAGAGAACCUGCUGGUGUGUGAGUAUCCAGACGGCACUAAGUCACUGAAGCUGGGUGACUUUGGUUUAGCGACGGUGGUGGAGGGGCCUCUGUACACUGUGUGCGGCACGCCGACGUAUGUGGCCCCAGAGAUCAUCGCCGAGACGGGCUACGGUCUGAAGGUGGAUAUCUGGGCGGCGGGAGUGAUCACCUACAUCCUGCUGUGUGGAUUCCCUCCAUUUAGAAGUGAGAAUAACAUCCAGGAGGAGUUGUUUGAUCAGAUCCUCAGAGGGAAGCUGGAGUUUCCAUCUCCAGACUGGGACACCAUCAGCCUGCCAGCCAAGAUGCUGAUUAGUCAGAUGCUGCAGGUGAACGUGGACACUCGUUUCACUGCCGAGGAGGUCCUGUCACACCCCUGGGUGACUGAUGAGGCUCCCGUGGACUCCAACACUGUGAGCAGCACUGAAGACCAGACCGGUGGAGACGCACUGGAACCAGAGCAGGAGUCCCCGACUCUGGAAACCAAACAAGUUCCCUCACCUCUGGUCUAAAACACAUCCCCCUUAAAUCGACUGGAAACCAAACAACACUGCUGGUUGACGUUUCCACGCCUCUGUUCCAGACUCAUCACGGAAACCAGACAAGUUCCCUCAAAUCUGGUCUAGAACUGUUUUUUUCCAGUGAAAACUAAAUGAGUUUCAGAACAUCUCAGUUUCUUCUUCUGGAAACCCAACCAGUUCCCUCAUUUUUGGUCUAGAACGCACCCCCAUUAAUCUACUGAAAACUGAGCAAGUUCCCUCUAUUCUGGAGUCCAUCCUGUUUAAUCUACUGAAAACCAAAUGAGUUCCCUCAUCCCUGCUCCAGGACCAGUCCCGUCUUAUCUUCUGGAAACCAAACAAGUCCCACAACCUCUGGUCUAGAACAUGUACUGUUUCAGGUAGUUGAAACCAGAAAUGUUCCCUACAAUCUGGUCUAGAACUUGUCCUGUUCCUUCACAGAAGACCAAACUAAUUUCCUCAUCUCCUCAGUCCAGAACACAUUUAAUUUCAUGUACUGGUCUAGAAUCUGUUCCCCUUUUUUCAACUGGACACAGAACAAAUUUCCUCACGUGUGAACAUGAACUUGUCCUGUUUAUUCCACUUUCUUGAUUUACUGGAAACCAAACAAGUUCCCUUGCCUCCAGUCUCGAAUGGUUUGGUUGCUUUCAUUCGACACCAGAUGAGUUUCCCUCUCCUUAGUCUUAAGGACGUUGUGUUUUAUCUGGAAACUGAACAGGAUUCCUCACCUUUAGGACACAUCCCGUUUGCUUUGCUGGAAACAAAUGAAGUUCUCCAUUGUUAUUUCCACUUUAUCUCCUGGAAACUGUCCUCGCCUCUAGUCUAGACCACAAUUUAAUCUCCCAUCCCUGCUGCUGUACUGGAAAGUAUUUACAUUCUCUUUGAUGAGCGCCAUUAAACGUCUAUUAGAUGUCCAUUUUGCUCUAUAAGAGAGGUCCCAUUCUGUUUUGGCUUGACACUAUUGAAGUCACCUCACAUCUGCUUGAAGGACUCACACCAUAUCAACACUGGGAAACCAUGAAGGUGCUAUUGGAUACAUCCUGUUUAAUCACCCAGUGUCUAACGGGACUGGACCCAUUUCCUGAAAAUGGCCCUUACCUCUUGUCUGAAUGACACUUAAGAGACACUCAGAGGCUACUCAAACCACUUUCAUAGGGAUGUAAACAACUGAUUCAUUAACAAACGUUCCCUCUGGUUUAGGGAUUGUUUUCCGCUUGGCGACCAGGAUGUCUUCCACUUAUUCUGGGGAACGUCCCAUUUCUCCUGCCUUUUACCCUCCAGCUCUCUUUGCGCUGACCCGAAGGACGUUUCUCAUUUCUUCUACUUGGCGCCCACCAAUCCAAGGAGAUAUCUGAGUACUGUGCCUGUUUACGCUGCUGAUUAAUUCCUCUUAAUAUCCCAAAUCUCAGCCCUUUCUUCCUGAGGUUCUUCUCCCCAGACCACAGCACUGGUCAUUGGCUGUAGAGAUAGAUAAGGCUCAUUGUUUUCGGUUUUUGCUAAAAUAUACCUUGGUUUUUAGAGAGGUGUAGGUUGGUUUAAAGGAUUAGUUUGACAUUUUGGGAAAUAUGCCUUCUUCCCAAGAGUUGGAUGAGAAAAUCUAUACCAUUUGCAUGUCUGUACAUAAAUCAUGGAGGUUAGCCUAGCUUAGGAACAGGGGGAACAUCUAGCCUGGCUGUGUCCAGAGUUCAAAAAUCUGCCUACCAGCACCUCUAAAGCUGACAAAUAAUUAUAUUUCCUUUGUUUAUCAUAUAUACCCACAAAGGCAAACUGUGCUCUUCUUAGCCAUGAAACAGUUCCACCUUGUAACUCCUCAUAAAAAAGUGAUUUUACAAAGAUUUUGCGGACAGAUUGAAGAAACAGAAUACAGUAUGUUAACAAUAAGUCAGCUUAAGAGGUGUUGGUAGGCAUAUUUUUGAACUUUUGAGCAAGGCUAGCUGUUUUCCCUGUUUCAUUCAGUCCAGUCAUUAUGCUAAGCUAGGCUAAUCACCUCCUGGCUCAGAUCUUCUCAACUAACUCACACAAAUGUCAUUUUUAUCCACUUGGAUUUCAGUAGUAUUAUUUCAAAAACAUUUAAUCUUUAACUUAUACUUAAAAUUUUCUGAAUAAAUACAAAAUUGCCAGAUAAUUUAAAACAAAAACUACGCAAGAAAAAAACUCAAAACAAUGAGCUUUAGACUCAGUGUCCUUCACUCCACUGAAGGACACUUCCUAUCACCCACCUCCCGUCCUUCACCUAUUUCCCAGACUUUGUACUGUAACUCAAAUUAACUGAGUGACUUCCAAACCUCACAAUUUCCAAAACCUUUUGAGGUUUCUACCUGCUGUAUGACAGGUAAAGGGUUCCAGUUCAAACCCCGAGCUCCCUGCCUCUCCUCCCGCCUGCAGUUACCGGAGGAUAAAAUAUUUUGUAUAUACUGUAAAUAUCACUCUGUCUGUUGGUGUCUGUCUGUGUGAGUCAGUUGUGAAGUAGGGAAACAGUAGCAGUUUGAAAAUAAAUAAAUACUACAAUGAAAAGAAACAAUCUCACCAUAGACAUGAUGUGUCAGCACCCUGAAAAAACCUUGUUUUUCCUCAAGAGCCACAGUUUCUUCAACUAUCAGAAAGUACUUCACCUGAGUAGUCCCAUUUCAUGACACUUCAUACUUAUUCUCCACAUCUCAGAGGCUAAUAUUGUACUUUUUACUGGACAGCUUUAGUUAUUUUACAAUUUUACAAACAAAUCCUGAUAAACCGCCAAACGGUAGAUAAAAUUUAAAAGCUUAAAUGAUUAGUGGAGGAAUCAAUUAGUUGAGCAGUCAUUUAUAAAAAGAAAUCAGUUUUGAUCAUUUAGUCUUUUAAGUAAUGUUUUAUGCAGAAAUAUCUUCUCAAAUGUGAAAAUUUGCUGCUUUUCCUUGUCUUAAAUUACAGUACAGUAACCUGACAUCUGAAGACGUCACUUUGAGCUCUGGAAAACUGUGACAGCGUUUUUACCUUAAAUUUCACCAACCGAACAGUAUAUAGGUGGGUCAAGAACAUACCCAGCUGGUUAAUCCAUAAUUAAAUUAAUUAUUAGAUAGAUUGUGUUAGCUCCAGCUUAAACAUUAAUGCAUGAGUAAUAAUAUAGAAUAGUAUAAAUAAAUACAUUAUAUCAUUAAAUAUAUAAUUAUCUUACAUUUUUCUGCAAUGUGUACUUUUACUUUAAAUACUUAGUUAAGUACAUUCUCCUGAUUAUACUUACAUGGUUUUACUCGAGUAACAAUGUCAUUGCAAGGCUUUUAGUUGUAAUAGAGUAUAAUUACACGUGGUAUUAGUACUUUAACUUACACGCACAGUAUGUCAUUUUUGCCUCUAGGGGUCUCUCACAUCAGAACCAUAGCAAAAGACGUCAUGAAGAAGCGUAGGAUCAGGGAAGCCGUUGUCUUUACCACAAUUGCCUUUAUUGCAGUCUUCUCCCGGUCAGGAUUCCUUCAGUGUUCAUCGUUCAGGAGGUUCUUAACAAACUGAAUCAUGUGCAAAACAAACGGACAUGGUGAUUAAAACUGGUAAAAACACUGAAUAAAGCAGCUUCACGUAAAAAAUCUCUGUUUUUAAAUAUUAUUGGAAAUAUUCCGGAUAUUGUCAAAGUACACAACUUAACAAAAUAUAUUUAGGCCUAGUCAUUAUUAGACAUUUUACUGCUGAAACGUAUCACAAUACGUCUUUAAGUAAAGGGUCUGAAUACUUCCUCCACCACUGAAAAUAUACUUUCAACAGAUAUCUCCUCAUUUAAAUAGAAACAGGCAGGAAAAAAACGAGAUUCAAGGUUUCUGAGGGAUGCUGACGAACUGUAAUGAAAGAGUUCUUACCUUGGAGUCGAGUUCCUGAUAGAUCUGGUAGCAAAUAUCGCCUGACGACACGGGACAGGAUGGUGAUCGAUCUCUUUCCUUAUAUGCUCAUGUGUCUCUGAGAUGGGACAUAGUUGGGUCAUCUGUCAAUUGCUCCAUUCACACAUCCAUCAUGUUGUCUGUUGAUGUUACUAAGAAUCACUGAGGAUGAAGGAUGAAGGAAGUGUGUGUGUGUAUGCGCGUGUAAAUAAGUGUGUGAUGGUAUUUGAUUUCCACAGUGUGAUGUUUUAACUUAAAAUCAUGUUGAAAUGGACAAAGUAUGAGGUUCACUGUGUGUGUGUGUGUGUGUGUGUGUGUGUCUGCAUUAAGGGAAGGGGGUCACUUUUUUAAAAAACUUGAAAAGUGUCAGUCGUCAUCUGGGUAUAUGCGUUGACCUGAUACAGUGUUAUGACCUUACCAUGACCUUUGAACUUAGCACGACCUUUCCAUGGCCUUGACCUUUGGCUGGAGCCACUGAUUAAGAGUUUGUCGAGGAGGACGAGCUGUUGAAGCCAUGUUGCAGACUUUGAGUGGACAACUGUGGGACAUGUGGGUUCAUAAAACAAUCUACCAGGAAUAUUCGCUUGCAGGGCUUUGCACGCGACUAAACACUGUAAGAGAACCUCUGCGUCUAUGUGGCCAUAAAGAUACAUUUUGCUCAGUAAUAUUUUUAACUAAGACGGUUCCCUGUUAUUCGUCCACAGAACCCAACUUAAAUUUUUUAGAAUUCUGGCUUUAGACGUGUAUUUGUGAUUAUGAUCAGUGUCAACAUUUUGAGGCAGCAGGCAAUUUAAAGUACUUUUUAAGAGGCUGAAUUGAUAAACAUUUGGUGAUAUCGUGACAAAUACUACUAACACGGUCACAUGUUUGCGUUAUGUAUAUAUUUACAAUGUCUUGUUACACCUCUACAGUGUUGAACUCUGUCAUCAUGCUGAGAAGUUACCCACAUUAGUCACACUAAUGAUUAAGUCCCUCACAGCUGAAUUUCCAUUUGUAACAAAAGUCAAACUCUUUUAAUCAGCGGCUCUGCCUUCGAACUUCUAUGCCUGCUAUGAACCCAGUAGUCUUAAUUAUUUUCUCUUUGCUUUAAACCAAACCAAAAGGAGCCUUCUGUUGAUACUGUUAGCGGUGCAGCUACACCUGGGUCAACAAGCAGCUGAAAUCUUAUCUGUUUGUAUGAUUUUUGUGUAACCUUAGAUUCUCUGCCAUCUGACACUAACGGUCAGUUUAAUACAAACAGUACAAAUGUGUUUUACAUGUGAGAAGAGAAGGUAAAGAAAGGUUUCUCACUAUCAGCAGUAAUGUUAAAAGACCAUAUUGGUGCUUCAGCAUUGUGUAAACUUAACAUUACAGCAGACUAUUGUCCAUAAGGUUUUUUGACUGGCUUUGGACAUUUAUUGUGUUUUUAUUAUGUGAUUGCUGUGUGGCACUGCAGUUGCAAGAAACUGUUUCGUUCUUUUUGUUGCAUGAAAAAUUGACAGUUGGCCGCAAAAAAGCAUUUUACAAACAAACCGUAGAGACAGAAAAUCAACUGAACCCAGCAGUAAACAACUGAAUGAGUUUUCUUGAAUGUAGCUUGCAAACGCAUCACCAUGUGACAGGAACUCAUUCCACUGAAAGCAAUUUUUGAUUUCCUUCUCUUGUCAGCAUUUGUUGUGCUGCUUUCACUUCCCAUAAUUCUCAUUUACCAUCUGACCAUGUCUCUCUUUUAUAUUAACUCUUUAUUAUUUAAUGUGUUCAGGAACAAACAGAAAUCUACUGAAAAAUACAGUUUAAUUCCCUCAAACUGUGACUUCAUUGGGACUUGAAUGCAGCUUUAAUUCACAGGCGGGUGGAGUUAAGUUAAUAUUUCAGAGACAAUCCAUCUGGUUCCACUGUUAAGUAACUGAGCGGAUUUCAGAGUGAUUUGACCCAGGGUGGCUGUAUUUAUUAGGCCCAUACGUGUGUUUUUAUCAAAUGCAGUGUGUGUGU